AACCGUGAAAAGGCCUUGUAGUAGAUCGCACGAAACCGUGGCAGGAGAGGGAUGUCGACGAGGUGGUACGGCGGUGCGAUCAAAGAGAAGCCUGCCUUGUGGACGGGAGGAGUAUUUGAUUCAUAGUCCUGUAGGAAGGUAGUUUGGCAAGAAAAUGACAUCAUCGCAUUUCUCGGCACCCUGCAUCCGGAUCUGGUCGGAAUCGCGCCUGAGCCACUCACGCAACUUCGCAAGGCGUUAUACGAUUCGACACGCAUCUCUCGCAUCUCUCGCAACUCUCGCAAAGGCCGCGUGGCACAAUAACGAGGGCUUUGUUCUAUUACUGGGCCAGAUCAUUUCUUGUCUUUUUUGCGCAGCGCGGGAGGCUGCACUGCAGCUUUUAAUGGCCGAUCAUCCUAGUCGCAGAUCUUGUGGUGUCGUACCUGUGCAAGACUAUUAUAGUAACGCCUUUUGUGCUACUGUCUGUCUACUUGCGCAAAAUCAGUGUCAGUAAUCGCCAGUCGGGACCGAACUCCGGGUUCGGAUCUUGUCUGCUAUUUCCGACAGGAUGACCAAGCAUACGCGUUCCGGCAAGGACUUGUUACUACUACUUUGACGAUAUUAGCUAGAAGGCAUGAAG